AUGGCCGUGCUCCUUGUUGUUACAAAUGUGUCUGCAGUGUACCAAGAUCACAUUGUCCAAUGGGAUCUGUCUAAUGAAAUGUUUACUCGACAAAACAAUAUAGUGCACGUUCGUGAGGGGGAUAAUUUGAUAUUCACGUGCUCAAAGAAUCCGGCACAAAGUUUGCAAUUAUUUUGGACAACCGUCGUGGAAGUGUACAACGCGUGUGAACAAACGGAUAGACAUCAAGUUCAAAAGCUUUUCGAAUGCAAGCGUGGCGAACCGAAUAUUGAUUUCAUUCUAAAAGUCAGCCAAUUUUCUGAAUUGGCCGGUGCACCGCAUUAUUUACCGGGGAGACCGGUCCUGUUUAUUGCUCAACCUCCAUGGUGCUCCACCGCCAAUAUGAAACUGGCCACAAUACGUGAGACGGAUCAAUCAUUGUUCACCAUGAAAAACAAUUCUCUAGUAAAUACAACGAUGAGUAUGGCAUCGCAAACAGAAGAUCCGGAUUCGUUGAACUCGGUGCCGGACUCGGGCAAAUCCCUUGUGAAUCGGAACAAGAUCCAGAUAGACGAGGCGUCCGAUUGGAGCAACUACCGAUUCCUUCUUCUCCCCGGCUCACUGGCUUUGCUGACCCUAGUCGGAAUGCAGAUCGUGCUGUGUACAUUUUGGCUUCCAAAGUCCGUUAAACGGUAUUUUAAUUGUUGUGGUCGACGAAAUCAGCCGCGCGAACAACCCCAAGUCGAGGAGGCGAAUGAAUCCAAGCUGCCGGAAUCCAACGGAACUUCGAAAAACUGUGCUGGUCGACUACUGGGUCGAGCCGCCGGGUCUCGGUGUGCGGCCAAUAUGAAUCGAUGUCUCACUCCUCAUCAUAAUCACCAUCAUCAUCAUCAUCAUCAACCCUUGACCCCCGGGAGAGAUGAGGAACAAACGGUGUCUCUGUUGAGCGUGCCACAAUGUUGUUUCUUCCCCACACAACAUAUGCCUCAAUUGAACAAAGUAAACGGUUACGUCCCCAAACCGAAAUGCGUUCAGACCUGUUCCACUCAUCCGACCGCAUUGCCCGGUUUUGUCGACCCUGUG